AGCAGAAGCAAAUGCAAAAACAUUUCAAGAAGGAAAGAAAGAGAAGAAAAGGAAGGAAAGACGCAUGUUUUCCAUUUAAGAAGUUCACUGCAAUUGCAAUAUUUUGUGAUUUUAAUUUAUUACACUCACACUUAUCGAAAAAUAUUUUUUAAAAUAAACCAGAAUUUACUUAAUUUCUAAUUUGUAAAGAAAAUGAGGAUGUAUGCCAAUUUUUCGCUGCAGAAUCGGACAGAAGACAAACUAAUCCGUCAUUCAGGAACUAUAGUCAUUUUGCGUACAAUAUUGCUUGGACUCAUCACUGUAGCCAUUAUUUUUAGCAACAUUAUUAACAUGUGGAUUCUUAGAAAAGUCAGGGAACUUCAGACCUUAGGAAAGGUUCUUCUCAUUAAUUUGAGCGUUGCUGAUUUUAUAAAUGGUUUCUUUGUUUGUUUGCCUGCUGUCUUAGCUUCCGCCUGUGACAGGUGGUUAUUAGGUACUACAUAUUGCACAGUGUCAUGUAUUUUGCAUGGCAUCACGUGUACAGUAUCGAUUUGGUGCUUAGCUAUCGUUAGUUUAGACAGAUAUAUCGCUAUUAACUUCCCAGUCCGAUAUCGAAACGCUAAAAAGAUGUACUAUUCAAUUGGCAUUUUGAUAGCAGUUUGGUUGUUUUCUUUGAUAACUUUUCUUUCCCCACAUAUUUUCGAUUCAAAAUAUUACGGAUAUCAAGAGACUAUCGUUAUGUGUGGAAUGAAGUGGAAAUCAGUAAUUUUUUGCAUUGCUACAGGUCUCUAUAUUCCUAUUUUAAGUGCUGCCGUAAUCUUUUUUUCUUCGUACAAAGUUUCAAAGGCCCUUCUAGCAAUUCAACAAGCGAAAACUAAUCGCCGAGGACAGGUAAAAUGUUCCAGAGAUUUGAAAGCUAUCAGGAUGCUAAAAAUAAGCACAAUAUGUUACAUUGCUGCCUGGGGUCCUUAUACACUAAUUGCCUACUUGAAGGCCUUUAAUGUGUUUACAGAUGUACCCGAAGAAGUUGAAUUCACAGUGGCUUGGUUGGCAAACAGCAACAGUUUCAUGAAUGUCAUCAUAUACUCAGGACACUUGGACGGGUUCUUACGUCAGCUAAAAAAGAAUUUCUCCUGUUGCAUGUGCUCUCGUUGUUGUAAGGAUAACGCAGUCUACCCGGAUGUACGUGAGGACUCCAAUUUACCCUCCACAAUCACUCAAACAAACAUUUAUUAGAUGUCUGUAGAUGCAGGGGCAUGAAUAUGUGUGUGUGAAGCGUUCCAUGUUUCUAGGCGCAGGAGUGGCUGUGUAGUAAGUAGCUUGCUUACCAACCACUUCGUUCC